CAUUGAAAGUAACAAUAGGCAUUCAAACUACGUUGUUUUACAAAGUUUUUUAUUUGGUGAAAACUAUUUAAAUUAACAAAAAGUAAACAUUUUGGAUAUGUCUGCAAAAAAUCUUAACCCACUCGUUGGUGCCACCACCCGUUAUAUUGCCGGUAGAAACGCCAUGCAGACAGUUUAUUGGCGAACAUCACCUGGGCCCAAUGGACGAAUGGUAAAAAUACACAAAAAUUGCGAAUUCGACAAAACACAAGACCUGCCUUCCAAAAUACGCUUGCAAUACCAUAAUGAGAACUAUCGGGCGAGGGUUAAGGAUCUGCACUGAUCUCUGCGGUUGUCUGCAAAAAUAACGAUUUUUAGGAUAAUUAGUUUGUAUAUGUAUUAGUUAAUUAUGUGUUAAUUUAAUUAGUUAAUUACUAAAUUAUUGAAAUGGAA